AUGGUUCUAAGAUAACAUAGGAGUUUAGCAAUCAACAAAUUUUAAAAACUCAUUAUUAAAAGAUGUCAAUAACCCCUAUUGAAUCUAUAAGAAGAAAGUAGGAUCAUGAAAAAAUCUAGCAUUCAAUAACCAAGUCUAUUAUUUACAAAUAAAAGAUUUGAACAUCUUCGAUAUCAUUCUCAAAAAACUUAAAAUUUAACUGAAAAAGAAGUAUCUACAAGAAUGCAAGAUAAAUUUGAAUCAACACAAAAGGAUAGUAAUAGAAAUGAAAAAAUACAAUAUCCUUAAUUUGAAGCAUUUGAAAACUAGAUUAAAGAAUCAGCAUAAUUUUGA